AUGCACGAGGCUGACAAGUCCCGUCCUGCUGUGGGCAAGCUGUGGAUGAAAUACAGCAACUUCAUGCAUCGGAUCCACAGCUGUGUGCACGAAGCCACUGGUGUCUCGCGCUUCCGUCAACAGCUGUUCUCAGAGGGGCAAGAGCUUAGCUGGAACUCUACAUGGUCUGGCCUGGGAGAGCCAGAUCACAUCCAUGUCGUGUUUCGAGACCAUGUCAAGGACAAGGGCGCCACACUUCGUGGACACGCCAACGCCGGCAGGUACUUUGCUGCGCGAGAUGUCUUGUUUGAAAGACAGGAUCCUGACGACCAGUCACGCCAUGGCCACACUGCGCUGUACCUGGCGAGCAAGGCAGGACAUCACGAUAUUGUGAACUUGUUGCUGAUUGCACGUGCCAGUGUGUCAUUAGCAUCGAACACUGGUAGCACACCUUUGCUGGCAGCUUUUGUUCGCGACCACAAAGACAUCGUGCAGAGUUUGCACUUGGCCCGCGCAGAUGCUGGCAGCUUUGGAACUCAUCUGACAAACGAUGGUCGCGAUCUCAACCAAUGGCUUUCGGAUGACGAGACCUUCCUUUGGCGAGCAGUUCGGGCGGGUAUGCCGCAGGCUGUGCAAAGUCUCUUAACGGCAGCUGCUGAUGCAAAUGUGGCCUUGCUGGAUGGCUAUACUCCAUUGCAUCUAGCUGCGCAAAUGGGCGCUACAGAUAUGGUGCGGGCGCUGUUGGAAGCACGCGCUGACAAAGACCGACAGGCAGACAAUGGGCGAACACCCAUCUUCAUGGCUUCGAUUUGGAGUCAGUGCAGCGUCGUCGAGCAAUUGUUGGAAUCCGGCGCCAGUGCCAAUCGCACGGACCAGUAUGGGUGUCCCGCUGUUGUGGAAGCUGCUGAGCAGAAUGAGCCAAAAGUUGUGCAGUCUUUGUUGCGCGGCAGGGCUGAUGUGGCGCAGUGGGGCGGCAGUUUGUUGAUGUGCGCGGUACGGACGCAGAGCUGCGAGCUGCUCCACGACUUGCUAGCAGCUCACAUCGACGCCGGCCAAGCCGAUCCCAAGGGGAGGCUGUCCCUGGUCGCCGCAGCACGUCGGGGUGCCUCCUGCUUAGUUGCGCUGCUGCUGGAAGCUGCUGCAGAUCCCGGCCAAGAGGAUGGAUUCGGGAUGACGGCGCGGGCGACCGCUGUGGAGAUGGGCCACGCAGAUGUAGUAAGCCGGCUAGAUUUCUGCACGCUGCCAAAUUCCGGCAGGUGCUAG